CUCGACUUUCCUUUUUUGCCCAGACGCCAGGACAUGGAUGUUUCCGUGCUGUGCCGUCAGCCAUCAGAUGAUUGUCCAGCACUUCAUCCCUUAGACUGGCAGUCUGGAGUCCCCACACUGAUUUCACUUGAAUCUCUACAGCACCCUUACGUCGUGGAAUCCAGACAAGUUCCUUCCGGAAUCAUGAGGCCGCAUAGCACCGAGUCUGACCUCUCAGCAACCCCUGUCGCUCUCGGGAAAGAGCCCUUGUCCUGUUUGUCAUGUCGGGCCCGAAAGCUCAAGUGUAACCGUGCCAAGCCAGCAUGCAGCCGUUGCUCUCAUCUCUUCACAGAUUGCGCCUAUCCGGAGUCAAGGAAAAAGCCAAUUCGCAAGAGAAGAACCGUAAAAGAGUUAGAAGCUCGUCUAGUCGAGGUUGAAAGGUAUAUGAAAAAAGGCGAUAAACGCAUUGAUGGGCGAGCACACCAAGGUGACCGUUUCCAUCGCUCUAUUAUAACGGACUCCCGAACUUCCACCCUCGGCUUUAACGAUAACACAUCUGAGGCAGGCCAGAAACCGCUAGAUUCACCUACUCAAGCUAUUAGCCCAGACAUAACUGAGCCCCUUCCACCGCACGAGAUCAUAGACGAUUUGAACAUGGCAUUCUUUACGACCUACUAUCCUUCGAUGCCCAUCGUUCACCCUCGGAGGUACACUCAAGCCAUCAAUAGUGAACCCUCAGCAAAGCCGCCCAUGUGGCUUCAGUACGCCAUCUGGGCCACAGCGGCAAUUGGCCACAACAAGUAUAAUAAAUACCACGAAUCCUUCUAUAGGCGAGCAAGGCAGUGCCUUGAGGUGGAUGAGAUGAAGAGCUGCUAUGAGCAGUUCGUAACGAUUCAACACGUUCAGGCAUGGACACUGAUCGCCCUGUAUGAGACCAAGACUAUGAUCUUUACUAGGUCGAUUAUGAGUGCUGCACGAUCUGUUCGGCUCUGUCAAAUGAUGGGACUCGAUCGAAUUGAUGGAGAUCCGCACGUCCUUUCUUACUCUCUGUCGCCGCCACUGACUUGGACGGAACUGGAAGAACGGAGGCGAGCGUUCUGGGGUGCAUUCUCCAUAGAUGCCUAUGCAAGAAUCUCAACAGGAUGUCCUAGCUUGAUUGAUAUAAACGAUGUCGCUGUUCGCCUUCCUGCUUCUGAGAAUGCCUUCAUGUUAGACCAGAAGGAGGAAGCACCUUUCUUGCAUGAAGGGAUUAAAGGUGCUGAGUAUUCUGGCUUUGCAGGAACCGUGAUUGCUUGCCAGAUUUUCAAGUCUAUCUUACGCCACAUACACCGAGCCGAGCCGAGCGAACGAGCAGACGAUAUCAUCAAUGACCCAUUUUGGGUGCGACAUCGUGAACUUGAUGAUAUUCUAUCAAAAAAUUUUAUAUUCCUCCCCAAUAACCUUGGCAUGCCUUUGAAUACGAACGACCCUGCAGUUGCUUGUACGCAUCUCGACCUUCGUGCCUCGAUUAUAUGUCUCCACCAUGCCGCUGUUGAGAAGUGCGAGAAACAUGGCCUGCCCGACUCUAUCAAGCAGACCAGCAUUGCCCGUUUGCAGACGACCGCUCAAGAGGUGGUCAAUAUUGUCAGACUCGUCUCCCAUGCAGUGUCACUUUUCAAAAACCCAUUAUGUGCUCUUGCUUUGUAUCUUGCGACGAGAGUUUACGUGUAUAUGGCCAAACAGAAUCUGAAAUCUGGUCUAGCCUCGUCUGACCUCUCGAAUCUGGGCUUUAUCAUCUCAGCGAUGGAGGCAAUGUCACGCACGCACGAGCUGACACGUGCAUUCUUGCAGCAAGCAUGCGCCGACAUCGAACAUUGCGGUCUCCACUUGCAUAUACAGGUUCCAUGCCUAAAGGAGUGUCUCGAUGCUUUCAAUCUAGCUGGAGCCCCUAUUCCGAUAAUUGCUCGAAGCUCUGUCGCUCAACACACCGAGGCUAGACCCCUUGUGCCGAGCUACCGACGUAAACGACCCACCUAUAUGGCCCCGGGAAAUGGUUCUGCAUGUUAUUUAGAGGACGAAGCUGGUGGUUCUAAUGAUCAAACGGAUUCGACGACCCACAAGCAGGGUCGAACGUCUGCCAUUCCAGAAUCCGAAGGGAUGAAGUGCCAUAAUACCACAGCACCUGUAUCUUGUCGACUAGACGUGAAUACUGGCGCGAAUGCUUUGGCCAAGGCCACCUGGCAACCAAGUGACAGAUCCCCCAGUACACAUCUCCAGGAGGGCAUGUCGGCACCUAUAUCCCAGUCUACGGGAGUGGGAUGUUUAUUGGCUCCCAAUCUUUCAGAAACGAUGGUUAGAAACCCUGUACCAGUCUCUGAAGCCGAUCUCUUGGAGAUCUUGGACUGGAACGUGGACUGA